AUGAGAGGGAAGAAAAAAAAAAUCUUACAACCAAAAGACAACCCAAAUUUUUUUUUUUUCUUUUCGUUCUUGAUUUCUUUGUUUCUUCAUCCAUUCCUUUAUUCCCCAAUCCUUUUCUAUAGAAGAACUCAUCUUUCCGUAGAUCAACAACAUACCAUUGUCAGGAUGGACCAGCAUUCAAAUGGAUCGCCUAAUGGCAAACUAGAGGCUACCUCGUCUCUGACCCCCGAUAUCCCACAUGUAACUGCCAACAUAUUACCACUAUCGAAUAUUCUUAAAUUUUAUACUCAAGAAGCUUAUAAACAACUUACAACUGCAGUGGAAAAUCUAUCUAUGAAUGUUGAAGAUGAAUCCGAUAUCAAGAGGAAGAAGUAUUUCUUGGAUAUAAUUAUAUCUUUACGACAAGAUUUCAUUAAGGUUUAUACAUUGAUUAAAUGGGCUAGUAUAUCGAAAGAUGUAUCGAAAUUUAUUGAUUUAUUGAAUUGGUUUAGAUUACAAGAGUUUCAAUUUGAAAAUUUAAUGUUUCAAUUGAAUGGUUUGACAGGUUAUAGUGGAGCUAAAUUACCAAAUAGUGAUAUUUUAACCGCUUUGGAAGUGUUAUAUAAAGGAAGACCCACAUUACCAUCUUAUAACCACAUAAAGAUUAAAAAUUUGAGUCUGGAGAAAAUAUUGGAAGUGUUGGAAGAUUUGAAUUUGGUAUUGAUGACCAGAUUUGCCUUGAUGGAUGUACCCAAAAAGUUUCAGUAUGAAAUUAAAGACGGACGGGUGUAUAUAACAGUUUCUAAUGAAUUUGAGGUUAGUAUAACUGUUGGAAAUGAUAUGAUUAUUGAUAAAAAAGAAGAUUAUUAUAAAUCUCCAUUUUAUUUCAUUGAUUUUAAGUUUUUAUUUGGAAUUAAUCCAGAGACUUCCAUGAUUACUUAUCACGAUGACAAAGUGUUUACAAGAUUGCCUGCUUCACUGCAUGGUAAAUUAGAGAAAAUUGCAAACCAAGUAUUAUUAAAAGAAGGAUUAGAAGGAUUGUAUGAUUUACUACAUCGAUAUUCAACUUCAUUUAAAAUUUAUCUUAUUGCUAAACAAUUUAAAGAAUUGUUGAAUACAAGGUGGAGAAAUAAUGUUCAAAUAAACUACCAAACUGGAAAAUCAUUAAUCAUUGUAAAUUAUUGGUCACUGCAUUAUUUAUCCAAAAAUUGGAAAUCAUUUCUUGAAUUGGGGAUUGAUAGAAACUCAAACUUGAGUUACCGUUGGUUCAAGAAUGGUCAGUAUUGUGUUGACGAAGAGUUGAACAAAAUAUUCCAUAUAAUACCACAAGAUAACUUGAAUGAUACUGGAAACGCCAGCAACAAUAGCAACAGCAACAACAACAACAGCAAUACUAAUGAAGAUGGUGUCGAUGAAGAAUCUUAUUCAGAUGAUUUAAAUGUUGAUUUAAUACUAAAUGUUGUGGUCAAUAAACAUGCCGAAUUAUUAAUGGGUAUGAUUUAUGAACAAUUGUUGGAUAAAUUUGGUGAAGAUGAGGUAUCCAUGGUUACUCCACAUCAAUUAUUGUUACAAAUAUCUCCAAACAAGUCAACUGUAUUUGCAAUCAACCCAUUAACUGGGGUUCUUUUAUUUCAUUGA